AUGACGAGAACAUAUAAAAAGGGUGCUGCCAGAGAGAAGCAGCAACAUCUCUGAAGACAACAAAGAGCUGCCAGGUAAAGCUUCAAGAACAGCAGAGGAGAAAGACAAUGUGGACACUGGUGAUUUUGAUAGCAGUCCUAGUGUGUCUUCUCACACUGCACUUCCUGAAUCAACUGUGGGCUCACAGGAACUAUCCUCCAGGGCCUCUCCGGCUUCCUAUCAUUGGGGGUGCAUGGCGGAUCUUAAUAAACUUCUCUCAGGAUUCCUUCAUUAAGCUGGCCAAGCAAUAUGGAAACGUUUACACCAUAUGGGCAGGGAAUUUGCCUGUGGUGGUUUUGUCUGGAUUCAAAGCGGUGAAAGAAGGUCUGAUCAACCAUUCAGAAUGUUUUGAUGAGCGACCGGUGACUCCUUUCUUCAAAACUUUAGCAAAUGAAAUGGGUAUUAUAUUGGCAAAUGGCCACACCUGGAAGCAACAAAGAAAGUUUGGGAUGGUUACCAUGCGGAAGCUGGGACUGGGAAAGAAAGGCAUGGAGCACCAAAUAGAAGAAGAGGCACUCCAGCUGGUUGAGACUUUUGAACGCAGCAAAGCGAGGCAGCCCAUUGACACUUCAUUACCCAUCAGAAAUUCUGUCUCUAAUGUGAUCUGCGCCGUGGCUUUUGGACAUCGCUUUUCGAUGGACGAUGACGAAUUCCUCAAGUUGAAGGAAGCUGUGGAAUUUAUGUUGCAAUAUAGUGCCACUUUAAUGAAUGCCUUGUACGAAACUUUCCCAUGGCUUGUGAAAAUUAUUCCGGGACCUUAUAAGAAGGCAACCCUUUUCACAGAGGUUGUGCUUGAGUUUGCGAGGAAGGAGAUAGCGUUCCACAAGAAGAACCAGGCACUGCAUGAUCCACAGGAUUUUACCGAUUACUACCUAUUUCAAAUAGAACAGAGCAAGGGUGACCCCAAUUCUACCUUCAAUGAAGAUAACUUGACUCAGUGCAUUUUUGACUUCUUUAUUGCUGGGACAGACACAACCACAACUACUCUUGAAUGGGCAGUGUCUUUGAUGGCCAUCUAUCCAGAUAUCCAGGGGAAAGUUCAGAAGGAAUUGGAAGAUGUUUUUGGUUCCUCCCAAUCUUUUGGCUAUCAAGACCGGAAGAAAGUGCCUUACACCAAUGCUGUGAUUCAUGAAAUUCAGCGUAUCCAAUAUGUAUUUCUAUUUGGAGUCCCCAGACAAAAUGAGAAGGAUGUGCACAUACUUGGAUAUCACAUUCCCAAGAGAACGUUUAUUGUGGCAGAUUUACGCUCUGUUCUCGUUGAUCCGAAGCAAUGGGAGACACCCGACAAGUUCAACCCAAACCAUUUUUUAGAUAAAGACGGCAAUUUUGUGGCUAAAGAAGCAUUCCUUCCAUUUGGCGCAGGAACUCGUGUGUGUCUGGGCGAGCAGCUGGCAAGGAUAGAACUCUUUGUUUUCUUCACCCGCCUGCUGAGGGCAUUCACCUUUCAAAUCCCAGAAGGAGUGAAAGACCUCAGUCUAGAACCCGUCGUAGGAUUCACGGUUCAUCCCAUUCGUCAGAAACUCUGUGCUGUUCCCCGCCCGACUGUUUGAUAAACUUCCAAAAUUAUAAGACUGGUUGAUUAGUCAUUGUUGAUCUCCACCUCGUCUCCCCCCCUGUUGAGUUGAU